AUAUGGCUAGAACUAAACAAACUGCUCGAAAAUCUACUGGAGCAAAAGUUCCAAGGAAACAAUUGUCUGCAAAAUCUGCUCGCAAGUCUGUUUCACAAUUUGGAGGGGUAAAGAAACCUCAUCGAUUUCGACCUGGAGUUGUUGCAAUGCGAGAAAUUAGACGAUAUCAAAAGAGCACUGAUUUGUUACUACGAAAACUUCCAUUCCAGAGACUCGUGAGAGAAACCGCUCAGUUUAUCAAAACUGAUUUGCGUUUUCAAUCGUCAGCGAUUGUCGCUCUCCAAGAAGCGGCAGAGAGUUACCUAGUUGGAAUUUUUGAAGAUAGUAAUUUGUGCGCAAUUCAUGAAAAAGAGUAA